UGUGACUGUUGUAAAGUUUGCAAUGCAAACCGGCCCGCGGGCUAAAAAUUUUCUCUUGUUUGAUUUGUGCUGUUUGGUAUUUCUGUCUUUAUUGAGUUUUAUAAACCGUUAUUUUCCAUUAUAAUAACUGGUUAUUAUACUUGAGCGUAUAAAUUUGCUAAUGAGUAAGUCGAAAGUUUCAGCGGAAUGGAAGAAGCGUGUGAAAUCAGAGUACAUGAGACUCCGCCAAGUAAAGCGGUUCAAACGUGCAGACGAAGUGAAAGUAGCCUGGGCACGUAAUUUAAGAAUAAUGUCAGAGGCUAUAGAGACAAGAGAGACUGAGACUUCGGACCGCAAUAAAAGACUUUGGCCUCCUCCGGCACCUACUUCCAGCCAUGAGAGUCUUAUGAAACGAGCAGAAGUUAGCUACACUGACGCUUCUGGUGUAGUCACAACUCAGCAAGUACCAAUACGUAUAAUAAAUUCAGUCAAUCCGAUACCCACAAUGUACACCUGGGCGCCGACACAGAAGAAUUUCAUGGUGGAAGAUGAGACGGUACUGCACAACAUCCCAUAUAUGGGCGAUGAGGUCCUGGACCAGGACGGUACAUUCAUCGAGGAGCUAAUAAAGAACUACGACGGGAAAGUGCAUGGUGACAAGGAAGGCGGGUUCAUUGACGACCAGCUGUUCGUGGAUUUAGUACAUGCGUUGAUGACCUAUCAGACCAAGGAGGAGGUCGCCGAGGAGCGCAAGGACCGGGAGGCGCGCAACUCCAAGGAUGAUAAGGAGAAGGAAGGCACAAAAGAACAAAAGGAUAAAGAGAAAGACAAAGAAGAGAACAAAGAUGGUGAAAAGAAACAAAUCAAUGACAAACAGUUCCCCAUAUUCAUCAUAUUCCAAGCCAUCAGCUCACAGUUUCCUGAUAAAGGGACUGCACAGGAGUUGAGAGAGAAGUACAUCGAGCUAACGUCCCGCAGCGACCCGAACGCGUUGCCGCCGGAGUGCACGCCCAAUAUCGACGGGCCGCUCGCCGAGUCGGUCUCCCGCGACCAAACCAUGCACUCCUUCCACACGCUCUUCUGCCGCCGCUGCUUCAAGUACGACUGCUUCCUCCAUCGUUUGCAAGCGUGCCACCCGCGGCCCAAUCUGUGCAAACGGAAGGGGCCCGACUUGAAGUCCUUCUCGGAACCGUGUGGGUCCAGUUGUUAUAUGCUGUUGGAAGGAAUGCGUGAGAAACUGGCCCGAGAGAAGGCAGCCGGUGAAGAGGACAAGGGGAAGAGCCACGCCAUCGACUCGCCAAACGACGCAUCAUCGGAAGACAGCAAUGAUAGUAAUCGAUUUCAGAAAGGAAGCAACAGUAACUCGAGCAACAGCAACUGGAGUACUAACGGCGCGAACGCCAAGCCCGCCGGAGAAGAGUCAGCCGAGCCCGCCUACAAUGCACUGGGUCUGUCCGUCGGCGACAUCGAGUCGGAGUGGACCGGCUCGGACCAGUCGCUGUUUAGAGCUCUACACAAGGUGUUCCCCUCCAAUUACUGCGCCAUAGCUCAGCUUAUGCUAUCCAAGACUUGUCAACAGGUUUACACAUAUUGGAUCAACACUGGCCAAGAGGAGUGUCGGGUGGAAGCUGAGCUGACUCCUCCGCGCAAGAAGAAGAAGAAGCAUAGGCUGUGGUCCGUGCACUGCCGCAAGAUACAGCUCAAGAAGGACUCCGCCUCGCACCACGUAUAUAACUACACCCCGUGCGACCAUCCGAACCAACCUUGUGACAGCAUGUGUCCAUGUCUACAGUCACAGAACUUCUGCGAGAAGUUCUGUCAGUGCAGCAGUGAUUGUCAGAACCGAUUCCCGGGUUGCCGGUGCAAGGCGCAGUGCAACACGAAGCAGUGCCCGUGCUACCUGGGCGUGCGCGAGUGCGACCCCGACCUGUGCACGGCGUGUGGCGCCGACGCGCUGCCGCCGCCGCCGCCCGCGGCCGUCUACUGCAAGAACGUCUCCGUGCAGAGAGGUCUACACAAGCACCUGCUCCUCGCGCCAUCUGACGUGGCCGGCUGGGGGAUCUUCCUGAAGGACGCGGCGCAUAAGAACGAGUUCAUCUCGGAGUACUGCGGCGAGAUCAUAUCGCAAGACGAGGCGGACCGCCGCGGGAAGGUGUACGAUAAGUACAUGUGCUCCUUCCUCUUCAAUCUUAACAAUGAUUUCGUUGUGGACGCGACGCGCAAAGGUAACAAGAUUCGUUUCGCGAACCACUCGAUCAACCCGAACUGCUAUGCCAAGGUAAUGAUGGUGAAUGGCGACCAUCGCAUCGGCAUUUUCGCCAAGCGCGCCAUACAGCCUGGAGAGGAGCUGUUCUUUGAUUACAGAUACGGACCAACCGAGCAACUGAAGUUCGUCGGCAUCGAGAGGGAAAUGGAAUUCUUAUGAGAGCUAUCCAAAUAGCGGCACGGCCAGUCAACUAGUUUGACGGACUCUUAAGCACAUGUUCUACAUAACAUACUUGCUUAUAACCACAGUGCAAAGGUUCAUACAGUUUGACAUCGCGUUAUGUUAGCAAAAAGUAUGAUAUUUUGAGUAGAUCAGUAUAGAGGUUAAUUCUCAGCAAAGUAACAUUGGUAAUUGAUUCUAGACUCGUUAGGCCUUUUGUAUAAGAGAGUCCAUAUAUGUGGCGCAGUUAUUUACUACCAAAUAGCACUCGAAUUAUAGUGUUGUAUUCCAGGUCAUCCUUUUUUACUGUCCAAUAAUGCUAAUACUAGCAUUGUUGUGUGCUCUGAGACCUGCUCUUGUAUAGAUAAAACUAGGUUACUCUGCUGUCUUGCCCUACUAAGACACAAGAUAUCUAUGUAUGUCUGACUGUAUGAAUCUUUAUGGUGUGAUAAUUUGUUACAAUAAUAAUUGUGUAAGUACUGGAAAAUUACUACCUCUAGGAAAAGCAAUAUUUUUGCAACUAAAGCCUUGUGAUUAUGGUUUCACGAUAUUGUGAAUUUACUGCCAAAUGAGUGCCCUUUUGCUUGUAGAAUAAGGUUCAAUGUAAGUUGUAUGUACAGCUUUUAAAAACUUUUUAAAUAAUAAAUUUUGUAAAGUGAA